GUCGCGCGCACAAUCGAGCCGAGGCUACAUUGUUGACCCCUUCCCAAUCGCUCCAUGACCAGCUAUGCCAUGUACAUGGGAGCGCAGCUCCAGCAAUGUAUGAGCACCGGUAUCGCAAUCGACCCGCUGUACUACGCAUGCGUGCUGCAGUCAGGGUUGUUUGUGUCGUCCAGUUGUGCCCUGCGAUGCCCCGAUGUGUCGUCUCCGACCUCUGAUUGUUGCAGUGCACUCACGACAAUGCUGAGCUGCCAGACGAAUGCCGCCAACCGCGAAUGCAAACAGGUGUUGGACGAAGCUUUCUCGGGCGUGUUCGCAUGCAACAAUCCGCUUUUUUCCACGUCCGCCAUUGCGCUCAUUGUCGUCGGCAGCCUUGUGCUUGCAGUCGCCCUCGUCAUGUGGAUCCUGCUUUGCAUCGGGAAACGCAACGCCGCUGUGCAUUCCGGCGUGUACAAUCCAUGGACGCGCUCCCUUCGCAUGACACGGCAACUCCGCGUCCUCGUGUGGAAGAACAUACUGCUCAUAAAGACGCGGCCGUGGCGAUUUCUCUUUGAGCUGCUCUUGCCGCUCGUGCUGGUCACGCCACUUGUGGUGCUUGCAAACCUCGACACCAUCACCAACCGACGUCGAACCCCCAUUGCCACCACCACGUCGCCAUCGAUCGCCGGGUUGGUCCCAAACUUGCUGAACACUUGCAGGGCCAACCUCCAGUUCGUGUUUACUGACGGCGAGCCCACGUCCACCCAGACAUCGUUCUACUCGAGCGGGCAACCGGUGUUUGGCAUGUUUUUUCUGCUGAGUUUUCUGCGGUUCGUGCCGUCUGUGACAUCGCGCAUGGUGAUGGAGAAGGAGACCCGUAUCGCAGAAGGCAUGCGGAUGAUGGGCAUGAAGGAGGGGCCGCUGGUGCUGUCGUGGCUGGUCACGGGGCUCCUCCAGUACUCGGUCGUGGCCGUAGCGAUGGCGGCGGAGCUGCAACUCGGCCGCGUAUUUCCCAUGGCAUCGCUGUCCACGCUUACCCUGUUCUUCUGGAGCUUUCUGCUGGCGAUUCUAAGCUUCAGCAACCUCGUAGCGGUGUUCUUUAACAAGUCCAAGACAGCCUCCAUCGCGUCCGUGCUUGUGUGGGUAGUGGCGUUCCUGCCGUUCUACGCCGUGCAAGACAAGUCGAUCGCGCACAAGUAUGCGGCCGCGCUGUCCGCUCCCACUGCGUUUGCGAUGGGCAUCAAUUCGUUGGUGGACGACGCACGCCAAGGCACGGGCGCGUUCUACGCGAUAGCCCAACAAGGGCUCGUGGCCACGAGUAGUAGUACUAGUACUAGUAGUACUAGUACAGCCCACAUGACGUGGUUUUUACUUGGCGAUGCUGGGCUCAUGCUAGUAUUGGGGUGGUACUUUCAGCAGGUUGUUCCCCAAGAGUUUGGGGUUCGAAAACGUUGGAACUUUGUAUUUCAAGCGACAUAUUGGCGUGGAACGUACGAGCUCUCGACGAGCCAAUCAUCGCAUCACAACCAUCAUGCCAUCUCCAUGUUAGAGUCCCCAAACACGUCGAUGCUCGAGUUCAGAGAACAUGCGACACCGUUGCGGCACCCCGUCAAUGACGACGACGACGACAACCAGACGUUGCCUCAAGUGGAGCCGCCGACACAAGUGCUCAUCGCCAAAGCACGCAGCGGCGACGUGGUUCAACUGUGCGGCCUGCGCAAGACAUUUCCCACAGAUGACAACACAAACUGCGACAAGGUUGCCGUCCACGCCCUCGAUUUGACCAUGUACGCUGGGCAGAUCACGGCGCUGCUCGGCCACAACGGCGCAGGCAAGUCGACUACCAUCUCGAUGCUCACGGGGCUGUAUCCGCCCAGCGGAGGCGACGCCACCGUGUUCGGCAAGUCUAUUCGAACCCACAUGGACGAGCUCAGAGGAUCCAUGGGCGUGUGCCCGCAGCACGACGUACUGUACGACGACCUGACGGUCCACCAGCACCUCGAGCUGUACGCAGCGUUGAAGAAUGUCCCCCCGGACGACGUGCAAACCCAAGUCAAUGGGCUCGUGGCCGAGGUAGGUCUCACGGAGAAGCGCCACGUCAUCGUCCGCAAGUUAUCCGGCGGGCAAAAGCGAAAGCUCAGUGUCGCGAUCGCGUUGAUUGGCAACAGCCGCGUCGUGUUCCUGGACGAGCCGACGUCAGGCAUGGAUCCAUAUUCGAGGCGGUUUACGUGGAACGUACUGCAGCAAAAUCGAGCCGACCGCGUGAUCGUGCUCACGACGCACUUUAUGGACGAGGCGGAUCUGUUGGGCGAUCGCAUCGCCAUCAUGGCGGAUGGCCGCCUCGUAUGCGCCGGCACAUCCCUCUUCCUAAAGAACCUGUACGGAGCAGGGUACAACUUGACGUUGGUCAAAGCGGACGGGAGUAGUAGCACCGAGAUUGUACUGUUUAUUCGCCAGUUUGUGGCGGAGGCGUCGGUGCUGAGCACGGUCGGGUCGGAGCUGGUGGUGCAGCUGCCGUCGGCAUCGAGCGGCGCGUUCCCGGCGCUGUUGGACGGCCUCGACAGUCACUUGACGGCGCUGCGCGUGGUCGAGUACGGCAUCUCUGUGACGACGUUGGAGCAAGUGUUUUUGCGGAUUGCGCACCAAUCCAAACAGACUUUCAAUCCACUGUAUCGCAGGACGUCCGACGCCGACUUGAGCGAGUGGCGCGCGAGUCGCAUGGGGCCGGACGCACGGGGCUCCAAGCGCGUGGCCGCCCCGGUGGCGGGUCGUCCAAGUACAGGCCACGCCUCCACGUCAUUUGGGGCGCAAUACGUGGCACUCGUGCAGAAACGAUUUCGCUGUUCGAAACGAGACAAGAAGGGCUGGGUGUUUAUGAUUGGGAUCCCCAUUGCAUUCCUGGUCAUUCUCGCCUUCUUGCCAUCAAUCAACGUGGCGUCGUACUUGCCAUGGUACAAGAAAGGGUCCGCCGCCGACUUAGCCAACUUUGAAACGUGUCGGGCGGUCGUCGGCAACUCGACGGGGGACGUGCGCGGGUGCAUCUUCGGCAUCCCGCCGCCGUCUCAGCGGACAUGUGUGAGUCUGGGGGCGCCUUGCCAGGGGGGGUUUGGCGUGCGAUGCCCGGAUGAAAGCCUUAGCUCGUGCUCGGACGUCCAGGUCGAGUUUGGCUCUGCGAACACGUCGUACCCGUUCUGCAGCUCCGUGCCCGGGUUCAUGGCGAGCAAGUCGGCCUGUAUCCACGACUGGUUUAGCCACUGCAGCGUAUCCGGGGCAUGCAACGCCACCGCGUGCUGCGAUGCGACGGACGCCGCCGUGUCCCCCUUUGCGCCAUGCUCAUCGUGCGAAGGCAAUAGAUGGCCAUGCUUUCAAGGCACCGGGUGCCUCCGGAAAGCCGACGCCAAGCUGCAAGGCGUGAUCAACACAUUCCUCGCGGCGCUCGUGAUUGUGAUUGGGUUUGCAUUUGUACCUGCUAGCGUCGUGGUGUUUCCCGUCAAGGAACGCCAUCCGCACCAGAACGCCAAGUACCAGCAAGUGGCGUGCGGCACGUCGGUGCUCGCGUACUGGAUGAGCCUAUGGACCCACGAUGUACUCGGGACGCUUGUGCCCGUAGCGGUGGCGGUGGGACUGCUGCCGCUGUACUCGUCCUAUCGGGGGGACGUCGAGUCCAUGGUCGCGGCGCUCGCGCUCUUUGUCGUGCACGUGAUGACGGUGCUACCUGCGGCGUACCUUAUAAGCAUGCGCUUCACCAACCAUUCAGCGGCGCAGACGUCUGUGCUCGUAGUGGGGCUCGUCACCGGUGCCCUUGUGAGCAUCUUUUCGUUUCUGUGCCGGCUGGUGGACUUUCAACUCGUGCACACGCUGACGCUGUCACAGCUCGACACCAACUACUUGCGGUGGGUGUACCUAGUGUUUCCUGGCUACCAGCUCUCGGACGGGUUGUUUCAGAUUGGCAUGCGCAAGUAUGGCAACCCAUAUGGCAGUAGUAGUACCAACUGGUUCACUGCGACAUCGUGCCCAGCGUCGAAAUCGUGCUGGGCGUCGACCAAAGAUCCGACUUGCUGUGUGGCCCAGGCGUUCGAGUUCAACGUCGCUGGGCGCAGCUUGAUCUACGGGCUCGUUGAAAUCGUCUUGCUUUCAGCAUGGGUGCUGUACGCCGACCGCCACAAGCCUCCUCCUCCUUCGUCAUCUUCGGGUCCUCUGGUGGUGGCAGCUGAUCCGCCGCACCUCGUGGACGGCGAUGUCGUGGCAGAAGCCGCCCGCGUGGCCCGAGGAGCCGCCGCGUCUGAUGCAAUACUGUUGCGCAAAGUACACAAGCAAUACGAUGACAACAAGGUCGCGCUGCAGUCGCUCUCGCUGGGCAUUCCAAAGGGCGAGUGCUUUGGAUACCUCGGGAUCAACGGCGCCGGCAAGUCGACGACGAUGCAGAUUCUAAACGGGUUUCUGGCGGCAUCGAGCGGCGCCGUGACGGUGGCGGGGCUCGAUGUCCGGACGCAGCUCCGUGCGGCCCGGCGACACAUCGGGUACUGCCCCCAAUUUGACGCCCUGCACGACACGCUCACAGUCGCGGAGGAACUCGAGCUGUAUGCGCGACUCAAGGGGAUGGCGGACGUCCGCCUCGCGGUGGAAGACAAACUGCGGCAGUUCGAGUUGGAACCAUUCCGGAGUACCCUCACGCGGGGGCUCAGCGGCGGCAACAAGCGCAAGGUGUCGACUGCGAUCGCCCUGUUGGGGAACCCCGCGGUGCUGCUGCUGGACGAGCCGUCGACGGGUAUGGAUCCGGCCGCCCGACGACGCAUGUGGGAUGUGCUGGUGGACGUACUCGCGACCAAGAGCUGUAGUAUCUUGCUCACUACGCACAGCAUGGAGGAGUGUCAGGCGCUGUGCAGUCGCAUUGGCAUCCUCGUAAGCGGCCAGCUCAAGUGCCUCGGGUCAGCGCAGCACCUCAAGCACAAGUUUGGCCGCGGGUUUACAUUGGACAUUCGAUUGGGCACAACCACCACACCCUCGACGACCGCCGCCGAUGUUGGCACUGAUGGCGGGGUGUCCUCCAAGGUCACGGCGGCCGAUAUGGAACGCACGUGUAUGGACGCGGGGAUGUACGAGCGAUGGGAUAAGAUCGUGCGGGGGACGGGGGAUUCUGGCUGGGUGCUGCGGCAUUACUUGGACAAUGAAGGCGGCGUCCCGUCUGAUGUAUGGAGGCACUGGUGGAUGCUAGAGGACAUGGGCGCAGACCUGGAGGCGUUCGUGACCCAGGAACUGCCACUCGCGUCGUUGGUGGAGCAUCACGCCGAGCAUUUCCGCUACCAUGUGCCUAAAUCGAGCGGGCAUACGCUGACGAGCUUGUUUUCGCUCAUGGAAGAAGGCGCCGUGGGCGUUCCCAUCGAGCAAUACAGUCUCAGUGACACGACGCUGGAAGAGAUCUUCAAUGGCAUGGCGGCAGGCCAGGAAGAGGAGCGCGAGGCCGUCGACGGCGUCCAUCGGCACUUGCUCAAUGCCAGCAGCAUCCAAGCUGUGACAUCGUACCACCGAACGUCGUCCAUGACGCGCCUUCGCGAGUCCGACAGAUUGUAGUCGGGUAGAGUAUUACUAGGCUGGAAUAGUUGGUGAGUUUUCCAAUAUUACGUACCAGUCCAAACAUUGUACUUAUUGUAUGGACAGUAUCGCA